GGUAAAGGCCAGCCAAAGCCAAGUCUGUUCUUAACACCCCACAAUGCUGCAUGAAGUGACACAGCAGCAGCCUGUGGUGCCUGAGCCACUGUCCCUUGAUGUCUUGUGCAUGUGUCUGCUACGUGAAAAGGCUGCCAGACUUCAGACCAAAGGGGAACUGAAGGCCCGUGACAGAAACUGUGUAUGAAAAUAUUGACUGGUACAUGUGUCAAAAAUAAUUCCCUUCUCCGAAUGAGUCAUAUCUAUUCUCUUUAUGGUUUUGGAAGAUGGGGGAUGAGGGACGAGGGACAUGACGAUGGACAUUGCAGGUUGCCACACUGGAAGCAGCUGAAGAAGAAUUUAACUCUUUGAAUUCCCGCCUUACUCGCAAAGUUUUGACGGGACAGUCAUAAGCACCGGAGGGUCGUCAAUGUCUCCAAGGUCAUUAGCUGUUGUAACAAGGCAAGAGAAACCUACACACAGUGAGCAACGUUUCUCACUCUAGGUCCUGGAUGGCGGAGAGAUCAAUCCUUACCAGUGCGCUGCUGGCACUCACCUGUUCACUUCUCCUUGUGAAAGGUACAAAGGCUACUGAGUGUGUGUGUGAAGGUGAAGGCUGCACAGGGAACCGCUGUUUUGGCAACUUCUGCUUCCAGACACUCACCAUUGAGGAUGGGAAGCAGGUCCGUCAGAGGGGCUGCUUAAGUGAGAACAGUGAAAAGAAGUGCAAUCAGUCGCAAGUUCCAGAGGGGACAACACAGUGUUGCACAGGUGACCUCUGCAAUGACAAUUUCAUCUCAGUCUCCGCUCCAGUGGCGUUGGAGGAGAAGUAUGACUGUGUGUGUCAGAAUGGAUAUUGUGACACGGACAAAUGUACUGGCUUCAGGUGCUUUGUCUCAGUAAUCAGUGAGUUCCCAGAUGAGGUGGUGAAGGGCUGUAUCAGCUCCCGAGAGCAGCCCUGUGACAAUUGGACACAUGGUCUCAGGAUGAAGUGCUGCGGAGGUAACUUCUGUAACCUCAACCUCACCCUGGACAAACCAAAAGUACCAGAAGCUUUCAAUCAGGUCCCACAGGAGACUGGUCAACAAGAACCAAGCACUGAAUUCACAUCUCUAAUCACAGUGGUGGUCCCAAUCGUGGUGCUGAGUGUUCUGGUAGCCCUGUUACUUCUGUUCCACCAGAAACUCUGUAAAAACAAGAAGGUGCCGUUCCUCAACAAGGACGAAGAGCUGAACAAGGCAGACAUGUUGAAAAUAACCGAGCUCGGAGACAACACGAUCGGCGACCUGUUUGAUCAUUCCUGUACCUCUGGUAGUGGCUCUGGUCUCCCGUUCCUUGUUCAGAGAACAGUAGCCAGGCAAAUCACACUGAUGGAGUGUGUAGGUAAAGGACGCUAUGGUGAAGUGUGGAGAGGCACGUGGCAGGGGGAGAACGUCGCUGUCAAGAUUUUCUCCUCAAGAGACGAACAAUCCUGGUUUAGGGAGACGGAGAUCUACAACACAGUCUUACUGAGGCAUGAUAACAUUCUAGGCUUCAUCGCCUCAGACAUGACAUCGAGAAACUCAAGCACCCAGCUCUGGCUCAUAACCCACUACCACGAGAACGGAUCACUGUACGACUACCUGCAGUGCAACGCAGUCAACGCACAGGGCUGCCUGAAGCUCGCGCUCUCCAUCAUCAGCGGCCUUGUCCACUUACACGCAGAAAUCAUUGGGACACCGGGCAAAGCAGCUAUCGCCCACCGGGACCUGAAAAGCAGAAAUAUCCUUGUCAAGAGAAACAAGCAAUGCUGCAUAGCAGACUUAGGUUUGGCUGUCAUGCACUCCCAGAACAACGACUUCCUGGACAUUGGAAACAACCCUAAAGUGGGGACCAAGCGUUACAUGGCCCCAGAGGUCCUGGAUGAGACUAUCCGCACCAGUCGUUUUGAGUCAUACAAGUGGACAGACAUCUGGGCAUUUGGUCUUGUACUGUGGGAGAUUGCGAGGAGAACAGUGACCAAUGGAAUCACGGAAGAAUACAAGCCUCCGUUUUAUGACGUGGUUCCCACUGACCCCAGCUUCGAAGACAUGAGGAAAGUUGUCUGCACUGAUCAACAGCGACCCAACAUUCCCAACAGAUGGUUUUCCGAUCCGAUCCUGUGCGUUCUCGCUAAACUGAUGAAGGAAUGCUGGUAUCAGAGCCCGUCUGCCAGGCUCACGGCCCUCCGCAUCAAAAAGACCCUAACCAACCUGGCCAACACAGACAUCUCGCUGCACAAGCUCAAACCAGACUGCUAAUUCUUUUUUAAUUUGAUCCUCAAAAGAAGAGCUCUUAAACCUUCUCAGACAGCACCUGCCAAUUAAUCCACCCGAGCCCCAACUAAUGUCCUUUUAGCUUGCAAGCGAACACUCUCAGGCAUCUGCUCCAUGGUGUCGGCUUUUUGUCAACGCUUGGAUUCUGUUCCCAACUGACACCGGACUGGAAAGAAUGUUGGCAUAGAGACAUUUUGGGAUCUAGCUUUGCGAGCUCUGAAGCAAAACUGUCAAGUGACCCUCAACCACUCAAAAAAAACAAAACAAGUAAGUUCCUGCAUUCCUAUGGAAAUCCCUCAGAGUAAUUUGCACACUGCAACAUGAGUUAAGUGUAGCACUUGCUGUGGUAUCGGACAGGCACAAUGCACAGCAGGAUUCCAGCAUCCAAUGAGGUACCACACACGGAGCUCUACUGGUGAGCUCAAAAUAGAUUCUAUUGGAUUAUUAUAGACUUUUGCCUUACACUGAGAGGUCAGCAAACAGAAUUAUUCAGGACAGUUUUAGAGUAAGCCGCGAACAGCAGGAGUAGUGGUGAGGACUAAUAGAAUGCUGCUCAGGAGAUGUAAACGUUUCACAGAAAACCUCUCUAUAAGAUAAGAAAAAAAAAUCAAAUGCAUAAUUACCAUAGAGUUUUUAAUUACUAUAUAUGUGUUUUAUGGUCCAAAUAUAAACUGAAGUAUUGUAAUCUAAAGAAUUCAUGCUGAUUUUCUUGACCUGUGAAACCUGUAACAUUGGCACUUGCUUUGUGUUCAGUGUCAGUGUUUGAGUGACAGCAUUGAGGACCCCAGCCUGAGUGGCUCACAAUAGCCCAGCCCUACCAGACAUCAGGCUUGGCCACGGGCAACAUCAGAACGGGACAUGAGAGGGGUAGGACACUGGAUGGAGGGGGAGUUUGUGUGGGAGGGAGCUUGUACAUGGGGAUGGGGAGAGGUUUUCAAGGGAGGAGGAGAGAAGUUUGUGCAGAGGGAGGGGAGGGGAUUUGUGCACGAGGGAGCGGAGGCGUUUUCUGAGGGAGGGAAGGUGACUGUACCCACCCCCUCCCACCCCCCCACCCCAGCUCCAAGCAAAGACACGUUGAGUUUCAGAGACCUCAGCACAAAUGCUGUCCUGCAGGGAUUCAUCCUGGCACUGCACCCUUCUCUGUGCAGACGCUCCUGUCACUUUGCGGCUGGGAGUCAGCCCAACAUGAGCACAAAGCGUAGACUCUCCACUUUACCUCUGGAUCUACUGGAGGCUGCAAUGUGAGUAGGUCUCUGGGACCAACCAGCAGGUCAGGCAGUAUCUCUGGAGAGGACAGGGGCAUGAAUGUACUUCACAGCAAGAAACCUUGAAAACCAGUUCAUGUGUCGGUAAGACACCCUGGGCUGGAAAUUCAACCACUUCACACAUUUGGGUGAUAGUUUUUUGAUCUCCAUCCAGGUAAACAUGCCACAGUAUGGUCAACUGCAGCACAGAGAGGCUGCUGGUAACACAGCAAUGACUCAGUCAACGCAGUGCACCACUGACGUCGCUGGUUCAUUACUGUGGAAAGCCUCAUAAGGAGAGGCAUAGACGCAAAAGUUGGAGAGUGAAUUAUCACGAUCCUCCUGGUACCUCCAAUGCCACAGGUAAGGUGGGGUUGGGGUGACGACACCCAUCUUUGCCACACUGCCAAAAUCUGACAGCACAGUGUCCCAGCAGCCUUCAAAGUUGUUGUACCAGCUCCCAUGCCCACCGAUUAAUCAAAGGCAAGGCUGGCCCUGUUGGCGCCCCCUUCUUUAAGUGCUCACACCAUGGCUAAAGUUCGAGCUUCGAGUAUGACAGGUGGUUUUGAGGCCUGGACUUUGCAAUAUUUGCACACACAUAUCAGAGACAUUAGAAAGUUGUUCCCCUGGGGCACAGCAUCUUGAACUGCACAGUUUCAGCGCAGGAGGAGUUUCUUGACCUGUAUUCCUUGUGGUUGCCACUGGCAACAAGAGUUUGAGAGAGUACCUUUGGGCACCGCAUGCUUCCUCUCAAGCACAGUGCUAAAGAAAGGCAGACAAGCGGGAGACAAGUGUGUCAAUGCCCAGCUUGACCAAGUCCAGGGGCAUUUAGAUGCUAACAGACCUUCCUGAGAGUUUCCCACAUCCUCUUUCAGCUUUUGUUACUAAUUUAUCCCACGGUAAUGAUGGACUUUGGAUGAGAGUGGGAUGGUGCUGACCACAGUCACACAGCUGAGCGUAGCUGUUGUCUGGAACCGCACCUACAAGAUGUCAAAUGGGCAGCACCAUUGAUGCCAAUGGGACAUUGACCAAGAUGGUUCAUCAACAUCUUCAGGAGAGGAGGGAAAGGGAAGUUUUAAUGGACAGGGAGUCCGGGAGGAAGAAUGUUGUGAAGAAUAACUUUUAAAAAGUGGCAAAACCUAAGACUUAAAGUUUAGACAAUAAAGGAAAGAAUGAUGUUUGGAUAAUGCCUUUCUCAACCCCAAGGUAUCCUAGUGGGGUCACAGUUGCCCAUGGCUGGGUACAGGUACAUAGUUCCCUGAAGAUGGCAAUACAGGUAGACAGGGAAGUGAAGAAGGUGUUUAACACGCUGGUCUUCAUCAGUCAGGGCAGUGAGUACCGGAGUUGGGACGUCAUGUUACUUUUGUACAAGUUGUUGGUGAGACUGCACUUGGAAAAUUAUGUGCAGUUCUGGUCGCCCAGAUAUAGCUGUCAUUAAACUAGAAAAGGCGCAGGAAAGAUUCACGAGGAUGUUACCGGGACUGGAGGGUUUGCGUUAUAAAGAGAGGAUGGAUUGAUUGGGACUGUUUUCCCUGGAAUGUAGGAGGCUGAGGGGUGACCUUAUAGAGGUUUAUAAAAUCAUGAGGGGCAUCGAUAAGGUGGACGGUCACAGCCUUUUCCCCAGGGUAGGGGAGUCCAAACCAGAGAGUAUACUGUAUGUUUAAGGUGAGAGGGGAAAGACUUAAAGGGGACCUGGGGGGCAAGUUUUUCACACAGAGAAUGGUGGGUGUGUGGAACGAGCUGCCAGAGGAAGUGGUUGAAGCAGGUACAAUAACAAUGUUUAGAAGGCCUUUGGACGGGUACACGGGUAGGAAAGGUUUAGAGGGAUAUGGGACAAAUGCGGGCAAAUGGGACUAGCUCAGAUAGACAUCUUGCUUGGCAUGGACGAGUUGGGCUGAAGGGCCUGUUUCUGUGCUGUAUGACUCGAUGACUCUAUUGUGGCAGUGAUGCAGGCCACUAACAAGAGCUGGGUCAGUGAUACACCAUUGCUUGCUCAUUACUGUGCACAGACCUUGAGAGCGGCAGAAAUCAUGCCUCCUGCCACAGAGCGAAACUGUGUUAUGAAAUAAUGAUACUGCUGUUUACAACAGAAUGUUUCAAUUAUUCUGUUAAUAAAACUGGGGUUGGAUUUACUGCUCAUUCUCCACACUUGCACCAGUAAACACACCUUUCCCUGCAAUACCUCCAAGCAGAGAAACAGCUCGUGGCACUUUUCCAGGGGCUGGGUACAGCUGAUUGGCUUUUAUGCCAGGCCAGAUGCCACAGCUAAUAGAGCUGGCACCAGUUUACCUCAUAUACACUGGGUCUGCAGGCUGUCAUUUCUGGGGUAGGAUUGCAUACAACUCUGCCUCAACAACAGGAUGGUCAUGUUAUUGUAGGGGAGGGGGCAGACUUGUCAUUCAGACGUUAUAGACCCUGCUCCACACUGUAAACAACUGUGGUCGCUGUUUAUAGAAAGUUUAGCACAUAGUCCCUGCUGUCUGUGUGGACUUCAACAAGGCCUUUAACGAGGUCUUGCAUGGUAGGCUGGUCCAGAAGGUUAGGUCACAUGGGAUCCAGGGUGAGCUAACCAAUUGGGUACAAAACUGCCUUGGUGGUGGGAGGCAGAGGGUGGGAGUGGAGGGGUGUUUCUCAGAUUGGAUGCCUGUGACCAGUGGUGUGCCGCAGGGAUUGGUGCUGGGUCCUCUGUUGUUUGUCAUCUAUAUUAACGGUUCAGAUGAGGAUGUAGGUGGCACGGUUAGUAAGUUUGUGGAUGACACCAAAACUGGUGGUGUGGUGGACAGUGAAGAAGGUUGUCCAAGGUUACAACAGGAUCGGGAUCAGCUGGGGAAGUGGGCCAAGGAAUGGCCACUUCGACAACCCCCUCCCUCCUACAGCUGGGGUGUUGCUGCUCCUCAUGUUACCACCCUUCCUCUGCUGAAACACCCAACUGAUGUGAUUCCAUGGGUACCAGACGUACCCCUGAAAACUCACCCAGACCUGAAGCAGACUGUAACUCCUUGUCUCAAGAGGAGAAGUACUAAGGGAAGGAAGAGGGAGAGAUAAUUCAAGCACUCACAUCAGUUGUGGUAUGAGGGCUGGCAUAUAUAUUUCGGAAGAUUACACUUGGUUCUCCCAAUGCCUAGCAGUUAAAGCGCAAAGCUUGUUGCGGUGAUCGAGCUUACAGACUAAGAUUUCUAUUCCUGUAUUACAACUGUACGGAGUGUUGGUGAGGCCACACCUGAAAUACAGAGCACAGUUUUGGUCCCCUUACCUAAGAAAGGAUACAGUAGCAUUGGAGGCAGUCCAAAGUAGGUUCUCCAGGGUAAUUCCUGGGCUGAGAGGGUUGUCCAAUCAAGGGAGGCUGGACAGGUUGGGUCUGUAUUCGUUUGUUCGGAAGAAUGAAGGGUGCUGUUAUUGAAACAUACAAGAUCCUGAAGGGGCUUGACAGGGAAGGUGUUGAGGUGUUUCCAUAGUGGGAGGGUCUCGAAUGAGGGUACAUAGUUACGGGAUUAGGGGACGGUCAUUUAUAACUGGGGUGCAUGGGAAUUUCUUCUCUCAGGGGAGUUGAAUCUCUGGAAGUCUCUGCCCCGAGGAUCGUGGAGGACGGAUCACUGGGUAUAUUUAAGAUGAAGGUCGUUACAAUUUUGAAAAAUGGGGGAUUUGAAGAUUAUGGAGAACUGGCACAGAAGAGGAGAUGGGAUCUAGGGUAGUUCAAUAGGAUCAUACUAAGUGGCAGGGCAGGCUUGAGGGGCCUGUUUUCUGGUGUUCUUGUGUGAUCUGUGCACACCUAGCUGCUCGGAGUUGGAAUAGCAGUCGGGGUCUUCCGAUCUUCCCAAGGCCCCUGAGAACACAAGGGUGAAGGUCUCAGUGGAGGAGAUGGCUGGUGCAGAAAUUCCCCAGGAUACCUGAUUCUGACCACUAUCCAAUGACUGCCAAGCUGUGCAUGUGUGCAGAAGUCAACUGGUGAGAGGAUUGGUUGGGUCUUUGGUGACAUGGAUGGUCCAGCAGUUAUCUGGGCCCCAACUACCACUGGUUUCAGGACUGGAGAAGGCAACUGGGCAAGGGUGAAGUUAAAGCUCUUGUCAUAUUCGUUGAGACAAAUUAGAAAACCUGAUCAAUUCUAGACAGUUUGCACAUUUGUAAUGUGAUGAUGUCAGCAUGCAAUUGUGUAAAAAAACAUCUAUUUUGUCUGUAUUAUUGUAAUUCUGAUUAAUCCCAUAAAUGUCAUAUUUGUAAUAUAUUUUAAUCAAUGCAUUUUCACAGAAUAAACCAAAUUCAAUCAGAAGAAAGCAAUAAA